AGUCACCAAACACAAUGUUCGGGCCCCUCUCCUUCGUCAUCGCCCCUCAGCUUUCCGACAGAAACUCAUUGCUGAAAAAGCUGUAAGAUUCUGAUUGGGGAAAAAAUGGUCAUGUGGGUAUUUGGUUAUGGUUCUUUGAUAUGGAAAGCCGGCUUUAACUUCGAUGAACGCGUCGUCGGAUUCAUCAAAGACUAUCGCCGUGUCUUCUACCAAGGCAGUACUGACCAUAGAGGGACUCCUGAGUUUCCAGGAAGAACAGUCACAUUGGAACCUGCAGAGGGGGAAGUCUGUUGGGGAGCUGCCUACAAGAUCUCAAAGAAGGAAGAUCAAGAGAUUGCUUUAGAGCACUUAGAAGUGAGGGAGAAGCAGUAUGACAAGAAGGCUUAUCUUGAUUUCUUUACUGAGCCGACGGCUACGACUCCAGCUCUUUCAGGAGUAAUGGUAUACAUUGCCUCUCCAGAUAAAAAGCUUAAUGUGAACUAUUUGGGUCCUGCAUCCAUUGAAGAUAUUGCCAAACAGAUUGUUCAGGCGAAAGGUCCCUCAGGACCUAAUAGAGAGUAUCUUUUUAAACUUGAAGAGGCCCUUCUUCAAUUUGAAUGCAAAGACAAACAUGUAUCGGAUCUUGCAAACGAAGUGAGGCGGAUCAUUUCAGAGAGGGAGCUCACUGCUUCAUGAGGCCGGGAACAAAUGGGAACGAUGAUUUUUACAGGCCAUCACCCAACAGAGCAAUUGUUCAUGUAUAAUUCUUAUAUAAAGUGUGGUUAGAGUCUUGGAGAAAACAAUAUCUGUGGUUAUGUGUAGCCUUUCGAUUACUUAUGAUGGCACUGUGAUUAUCUGUGGUUAUGUGUAGCCUUUCGAUUACUUAUGAUGGCACUGUGAUAUUCAUAACCAUCAUUCUUGAAUUCUUGUUCAUGUUGAAUUGUUAUGCAUGUAACAAGAGUCAUCCCAUCAGUAUAAAACUAUAAAUGUAUAAUAACAGUUGGCUGAAAAGAGUCACCAUCUCAAUUCCACACUAUGUUGCAGGGGCACAUUGUC